UGGGAGCCCCCAGUCCGUGUACAGAGAGCUGAGAUCAGGUCCAGGAGACAUUUCAGAUCAUGGACACAUGAAUCACCUAAAAUCAUGUGCUGUUCCCACUGUCUUCCCAAGCUGGAUACCUUAAUAAGCUGCCUGUAGUUAGGGAAAUUAAUUUGGGCCUAAAUGUAUAAGAGGACAUUGACUUCAGGAAUGAGGAUGGUGGCAUGGCAAUGAUGAGCUGUCCCUGAGGAGACAUGAAAUGGCUUUUCACAAUUUUUACUCUUCCUAGAACAGAAAUCUCAACUCCUCAUGUGUCUGAGAGAGGCUGGGAAUAUUAAUGAGGAACUCAAGAGGUGCUUUAGUAGGCCAGUGCCAUCAAGUUGCACGGGAAUUUUAUGUGAUUUUUGCAGAAAAUUAUGAGGAAAAAAGUGAAAUGUGUUGGUUGGAUCAUUGGAAAUCCUUGGUGUGAUUUCUGUGGGCUAUCAGAACACACUGAGGUUGGAUGUGGAACGACUUUGUGAAGGGAACUGGUUUGGAGAGAUGGUAUUUAGAGGAACCCAGGAGCCCUGUGCUCUCCACAAACUUUCUCACAAUUUACAAGCAAAUGGAUCCUGUAUUCACCUUCUUCCUGCAUAGUUAGAGGGGAUGAAGUGUCAUCUGCUAGGAAGGGACAGGAUGAACAAGUUCUGCAUAAUGCCUGUGCACUCCUUCAGGCUUUGAAAGAGCCUAAAGUUCCUCACAGAAAGUGGCUUUUCCCAGUAGGGAUUUUCCCCAAAUUAUUUGAGGCUCCAUCUAGUUGAAAAGCUUAUUUUUAGAACCUGAUGUCCACGAUCUGAAAAACCGUAAAUGUUCCUGGGAGAUGAAAAAAGAGAUUCCUCACAGAAUUUGGGUACCAUGGUUAGAAUGUUUCUGCAUUUUGACUUAUUUUUUUCCUCUUUAUUUUCUCCUUCUCCAUGGAAAGGAAGAACAUCAGAGAUUCUGUCAUCGCUUCCCUUACAGAUCCUGCUUUAUGUAAAUGGGAUUUAUUACAUCUUCUACUUCUUGGCAACUCUUGCAAUGAUUAUUUACAAAAGUCAAGUUUUCAGUUAUCCAGAUGAUCUUUUGGCUCCUGAUCUUGCCGUGCUUUUUCUUAUGGGCAUUCUGGAAGUGCCUCGAUUGUACUUGGGUUUCAAGGGUAACCUGACAGAAGCAGAGGCGCCGCUGGGGCUGAGCCUGGGGCUCACGGUGGGCAGCGUGGUGCUGUGUGUGUACCUGCUGCUGUGGCAGACCUACGUGCUGUGGGCUGAUGUGCUCCUCAAUGCAGUGCUGCUCUCGGCCUAUGGGCUCGAGUCGGGGCUCAAGGUCACAGCCAUUGCUGCCUUUGUCAGCUGAGCCCAGCCCCUUCCCCCAUGUCUGCCACGCAUUCCUUCUAUGAAAGAGUGAGGCUUCAUUUCCACUAUUGAAAUCCUUUGUAUAAAAACCCUGUAAAGCUUCUCUCUGUUUAAAUUUUGGGGACAUAAAUGUCCUGCCCAGGAGCUGUGUGAUGCUGUCCACCAUUGGCUUAUUUAUGGGCAAAGGCAAGGGAUGAAUUGCUAAACACCCAACACUGGUAUUCACCAGGGGUAAGUACUAAAUAUCUAUUCCCAACACAGGACAGGAGCCAGUGCUGCUGGCAUGGUGGGAGUUUUCAUGGCACAGCAGCAACACGCAGCCCAAGUGACACAGAAAUGAAUCAGGCCAGGGCUCACUCGUGCCUUGCCACGCACACGUCCGUGUUCGAGGGCACAGCUGCUCUGCUGCUCUCAUUUGUGUUUCCAGACCUCAGUGGUAAUUUCCCUGACUUUAGUAGGGCAGAACCCGAUGUAUUCCAGUGGGAGAGAGUGGAACUGGGUUUUGUGCAUACCUGGAGAGCAAAGCCAUAAGGUUUGGCAGCCAGUUCUUACACACUACGUGAGGGGAUGUUUGCUUAAACAGGAUGGCUUUAGAAUGAACAAAACCAUUCACCAUUCAUUCUCCCUUCUGUCCUGUUUAAAAGUCCAACAGAAUGUUGGCAGUUUUAUUUCUAUUUGGUGUUAAAUUUGCUUAUUUCUACUAUUUUGCAAAAAUUACUACAUUCAAGCCUGUCUUUUAACUUUUAACUGCUGCAAGUGCAGAGUUUUUUACUGUCUCAAAAAUACGUGUUAAUGGAAAGCUUCAGGAGUUCCUGGGUUUUUGAAGAAGCUAUUUUCUAUUCAGAAUUUCCUAUUUUUGUAUUUAUUUAUUCAUUCAAAUAAACAAUGGUUUAGAUCUAAAGA